UGAAUUUAGGGCAUAAAAGACAAUAAAAAAGAACUGUUGUUUAGGGAUCAGGAAUCAAGAUACCACCUGCCUCACUUAAUUCCUCCUGGCCCCGCACUCAAUUCAGUGGCGUGCAGUCUCUCUCACCACAAUGCCAACCAGGAAAUGAAGCAGCAUUAAGCAGCGGUGCCGCUAAGAGGGGCAUUAAAAAAACAGCAGGAUCCUCCAGUUCGUAUCCCCUUUCCUCCCCUCGUUUUUUUCUCGCAGACAUUUCGUCGAACAGGUAGCGGGCGAAUGGCCCCGCGCCUCCCGCUGCCGCCCAUUCCGCCCCUCGCGGUGCCGCGGGAGGUCCGACGGGCGGUGCGGCUGACGCUCCUGACGGCCCUCACGACGCUGUUCGGCUACGGUCUCUUCCUCUUCUUCGGCUUCCUCAGGGACCUCUUCCGCCGGCUCCUGCUCGAUCGCGCUGAGCCCGACGAGCUCAUGGUUUCGCUUUCCUCCUUUCUUCUCUCGCCUGAGUUGCCUCCCUUCUCCCGUCGCCUGCGUUCCGGAACUAACCGGUCCACAUUUGAUCCGUCGCAGGGCUACGCUCCGAUUUGCCCGGCGUUCGAGGAUUUCUACACCCGCCGAAUAUAUCGCCGCAUCCAGGACUGCUUCGGGCGACCAAUAGCUAGUGCACCAGAUGCUUGGAUCGAUGUGGUGGAGCGCAGUUCAAAUGACAAUAACAAAACGCUUCACCGGACCUCCAACAAAUCCAGAUGCCUCAACUUGGGAUCGUACAACUACCUUGGCUUUGCAGCUGGAGAUGAAUUCUGCACUCCUCACGUUCUCCACUCCCUCAAGAAAUACGCACCUAGUUCUUGCAGUGCUCGAGCUGAUGGAGGGACGACUCAGUUGCAUAUUGAGCUCGAGGAUUUAAUUGCAAGAUUCGUGGGUAAACCAGCAGCCAUCACCUUCGCCAUGGGAUACGUUACCAACUCUUUCAUAAUUCCCACUCUAAUUGGAGAGGGAGGUUUGAUCAUCAGUGACUCAUUCAACCACAAUUCCAUUGUCAGUGGUUCUCGAGCUUCCGGAGCCACAGUCCAGGUCUUCCAGCACAACAGCCCAUCACACUUGGAAGCGGUGCUGAGGGAGCAGGUUGUGAAGGGCCAACCUGGCACUGGUCACAAGCCAUGGAGGAAGAUCAUGGUCAUUGUUGAGGGGGUUUACAGCAUGGAAGGGGAGUUCUGCAAGCUCCCUGAGAUAGUGGCCAUCUGCAAAAAGUACAAGGCAUACAUAUACUUGGAUGAGGCUCAUAGCAUCGGGGCAGUUGGUAAGUCAGGCAGAGGUGUCUGUGAAUUGCUCGGGGUGGAUCCUGCUGAUGUUGAUAUCAUGAUGGGAACUUUCACCAAGUCAUUUGGAUCCUGUGGAGGAUAUAUUGCAGCUUCAGAGGAAAUCAUCCAAUACCUGAAAUAUGCCUGUCCUGCCCAUAUCUAUGCAACUUCGAUGUCGCCACCUGCUGUUCAACAAGUGAUAUCUGCAAUCAAGGUUGUUCUAGGAGAAGACCGAUCAAAUAGAGGAGCGAAAAAACUUGCAAAAAUUCGAGAAAACAGCAACUUUUUCAGAUCGGAAUUGAAGAAAAUGGGGUUUGUGGUUCUUGGUGACAAUGACUCCCCAGUUAUGGCCAUAAUGCUUUAUAAUUUGGCUAAGCUCCCUGCAUUUUCACGGGCAUGUUUGAGGCAAAAUGUUGCUGUCGUUAUCACUGCAUAUCCAGCAACUCCAGUACUACUUGCCAGGGCAAGAAUCUGCAUAUCUGCUUCCCAUAGCAAAGAAGACUUGAUAACAGGCUUGAAGGUCAUUGGUGAAGUUGGUGGGCUUGUAGGGGCGAAGUGCCUACCUGCCGAGCCAGAGAAGGCCAAGAAGCUGGACUGAGGAGAAGAUCUAAGAGGAUACAACUAUACAAUCACAAGAAAUGCUGCAAGAAAAAUCUUUAACUUUUGCGCAUUGGCAAUUUGUUUGAUUCGUUGAACCCUUUUCCACUUCAGAACUGUAUUUUGUUCCUAGUUUUAUAUGAUUCAUGUGUACAGUUUCUGUGAAUAAACAUUCCAUUGAUUCCUAGAAGUAA